AUGGCCACCACUGUGCUAAAAACAACACCCGCCUUUUGCGCGCCGGCGGCGUACGCCGGCGCAUCCUCCGUCAAAUCUGUAGCUUCUACUCGCGUUUCAUUUUCAUCCAAUAGGUUUCCUGUGAUUAGGUGUCGGAUUUACAGCACAGGCUACAAGAGGAGUACUAGUAGUGUCAAGUUGCCUAGCCGCUCGGCUGCGAAAUUCUUGACCUUCGCCGCCGAUGGGGAAACUGCGGAGGCCCAAACGGAGAUCCGAGAGAAAGACCCGGUUCAAGAAUCCGAAGAUGAGGAGACGGCAGAUGGCACAAUUGACGAUGAUUCUUCUAUUGAGAGUGAAGAUUCAGUUCCCGAUGAAAGUAGCUCUCUGGUUAUAGCUUCUUUAAAUCUAUACAAAGAGGCUCUAGCAAAUAAUGACGACUCAAAAAUCACCGAAGUAGAAUCGCUUCUCAAAACCAUUGAAGAUGAAAAAAUCCAUCUUGAGAGCAAGGUGGCCCAAUUAACCGAAGAACUUUCGUAUGAGAGUUCCAGAGUCCUUAGGAUCAGUGCCGACUUCGAUAAUUUCCGCAAGAGGACAGAGGGGCAACGUCGUUCACUUAUCUCUAAUGCGCAAGGAGAAGUUGUGGAGAGUCUUUUGCCCGUUUUGGAUAAUUUCGAGAGAGCCAAAGCUCAGAUAAAAGUGGAAACUGAAGGGGAGGAAAAAGUCAACAACAGUUACCAGAGUAUAUACAAGCAGUUUGUGGAGAUUCUGGGUUCCCUCGGCGUGGUCCCUGUUGAGUCAGUGGGAAGACAAUUUGAUCCCAUGCUGCACGAAGCUAUAAUGCGGGAAGAUUCGACUGAGUACGAAGAUGGUGUUGUUAUAGAAGAAUACAGGAAAGGGUUUCAACUUGGUGAAAGAUUGUUGCGCCCAUCAAUGGUGAAGGUUUCAGCUGGGCCCGGGCCCACAAAGCCCGAGAAUGGUGGCGAAGAGGAACCUCAAGAGGAAGCCAAUGAGAACAACGAUCAAGAGGGCAGCCCAGAAACCGAAGCUGCCUGA